GUGGAAAUGAACAUUUGCAGCCAGAAGGUCAGGAAGAUUUACGAGAAUUACUGAAAAAAACACUGGAAUUCUGCUUAUCUAGAGAAAAUCUUGCCAGUGACAUGUACCUUAUAUCACAGAUGGACAGUGACCAGUAUGUGCCAAUAAUGACAGUAGCAAACCUUGAUCAUGUCAAGAAACUCAGUACUGAUAUGGAUUUGAUUGUUGAAGUGCUGAGAUCAUUGCCUUUAGUCCAGGUGGAUGAGAAGGGAGAAAAAGUUAGGCCAAAUCAGAAUCGCUGUAUUGUGAUUUUACGUGAAGUACCUGAAACUACCCCCAUUGAAGAGGUUGAAGCACUUUUCAAAGGAGAUAAUUUGCCUAAGUUUAUCAACUGUGAGUUUGCCUAUAAUGACAAUUGGUUCAUCACGUUUGAAUCAGAAGCCGAUGCACAGCAGGCUUACAGAUACCUUAGAGAAGAAGUGAAAACUUUCCAAGGAAAACCAAUUAAGGCAAGGAUAAAAGCAAAGGCAAUAGCUAUAAACACAUUUUUGCCAAAGAAUGGAUAUAGACCUCUGGAUAUGAACCUCUACACGCAGCAGCGUUACACAACAUCCUUUUACUUACCUCCAGUAUACAGUCCCCAUCAGCAGUUUCCAUUGUACAGCCUAAUUGGCCCACAGGCCUGGUCAGCCACGCACAGCUACCUUGACCCUUCCUUGGUAACACCAUUCCCAAAUACUGGAUUUAUCAAUGGGUUCACAUCUCCAACCUUCAAGCCUGCUGCUUCUCCUCUGACAACACUCAGACAAUAUCCUCCCAGGAACAGGAAUCCUAGCAAGUCUCAUAUACGACAUACAAUACCCAGUGCAGAAAGGGGACCUGGGCUUCUAGACAGUCCUUCAAUAUUCAACUUUUCUGCUGAUCGUUUAAUCAAUGGCGUCAGGAGUCCACAGACGCGGCAGCCGGGACAAAACAGGACACGGAUGCAGAAUGCUACGAGUUACACCAAGAGGGAAGUAGGAACUGGACGGAUGGAACAGAGCAGCGUUGACUCCUCGCCUGGAUUAGGCAGAGGAAGGAAAAACUCAUAUGGCUACCGAAAGAAAAGGGAGGACAAGUUUACAAGAGGCCAAACACAGUCUCCACCACCCCCAAAACCUCCAUCUCCUAGCUUUGAGUUGGGUUUAUCUAGCUUUCCUCCAUUACCUGGGGCUGCUGGCAAUUUAAAGACCGAAGACCUUUUUGAAAACAGACUGUCCAGUGUGGUAAUAGGAACGUCAAAAGAAAGAAACAUUAAUGUGGAUGCAAGUACAAACACUAUUCCAUCAGGAAUUCCUCGAGAGCCGUUGUUGCCAGCUUCUUCUACAUUGCCCAGGACAUUUGAAAGGUCUCCUUCGCCAUCCCAGUCGUCUGAGGACUCCAAGGUUGCAGAUAAACAGCAGAGAGAGACACCGAGUACAGAAAGGCUUUCUUCUUCCACACUCAGUACUGCGUGUAAAUCGGUACAAGUCAAUGGGGCUGCCACAGAACUGCGAAAACCUAGUUAUGCAGAAAUUUGCCAGAGAACAACUAAGGAUCCUCCUACAUUGCAACCUCAGAAAGAACAGAAGCCAAACACUGUAGCAUGUGGGAAAGAGGAAAGAAAGCCCACAGAAACAAUAGAGAAAAACAGAGAACCUCCUCCUGCAAAGUCACAUCCUGGACAACCCAAAGACCAGAGGAGACAGUCAGGCCGCAGAUCGUCCCCUCCAGCCGUUGGCAAACGCUUAAAUAAAGAACAGAGUACCCCUCCAAAAUCUCCUCAGUGAAACUAGCACCUGGGAGGGAUUUGAAAAGAGGUCUGCUUCCCACAAAUUAAACCCAUGUUCCCACUAAGACACCUGAGAAUGAGUUGCUGGUUAGGAGCUUGCAGUGAUACCUAGGC